AUGCGAUCCCGGGCCAGUUCUGUCACUAACGUCGGCCAACGGAAUGCGCAACGCAAAGGUAUAAUUUGAGGUUCAUUUAGAUCGUUUCAUGUUUCUCUCAGGAGAAAAAAACCUCACGUCAGUUUCUCUUGUAAAAACUUAGGAAAAAGUAAAGUCGUGAAUUAUGAAAGCUGGUAUAUAUCAUUACUCAAAGAUUCGAGAAGAAUUCGCUUUCGUCAAUUUCAGAGUUUCAUUAUUUUUGUCUUUUUCUCAUUGAAAGAGUGUUUUUAUGUCAUAAGGAUAGAAAUUUGAAAUUUUUUCAAGAGACUUUGCUAUUAACUCGAAAUUUCAAGGAAUCUCCCUGGAUCGCAAUAAUAAUGCGAUUCGAGAAAUCAAUCGCCAGCCUCGGAUGGUUUCAACAGCCAAAAAACGGGAAGAGACCAACGAGCUGUUUUUCAAGGCAAGUCUAUACUUAUAUUUGUCCCAAAUUCUUUUCAUUUUUUAUUCGAAUUAAAUGGUCUGUCAUGUUUUUUUGAUGACCUCUUUUGCCUACUUUGUUUGAAGGGAGAGUUCCAUUUCAAAAUUAUUUUCAGACAUGGCGUAGCAUUGAUAUAAAAAAAUAGGAAAACCAAUUACGGAGUAGUUUUUGCUCUUUUCUCAUUUUAAUCUCAACUGGCGAUUCUCCCAUUUUCCGUCCGUCGCUUUGGAAACCGAGUUUUGCCUAAUCGAAAAGUUAUUUAAUUUAACUACGUUCUUCAACAACAACAAAUAGAGAUGAAAGUUCAUAUUUAUCAAGGAACAUCAUUAACGCGGGAAUAAGUAGAAAAGCGGACUUUUUGCGUUUAUUUUCUCUCAUUUGUGGCGAACCGGAGCUUGAAUUUUACGGCUUUAUGAGAACUGCGAAAUUUUUUUAUCUUUGAAACGUAUUUCAAUUUCAAACGCUAUUAACCGAAAUAGCCGGAAUCAGCGAGGAGUUUAUAUCUGAUACCAUUUUUAUGUUAUGGAUGUUUGAGUGAAAUCAUUUUCAAGGUGGUGUUUAUUUUAUAGAUGUUUUGUUUAAAAUGAAUGUAUGAAAAUGAAUUAGGACGAAUUUCUGCCCCCAUUCUCGAAAAUAUUUGUGUUUUUCUUCUACUUCCAGAAAGUUGUUCGGUUUAUUUUUCUACCUCAAAAAUAAUGAGACCUCGAACAAACGCGAGGAAAGACAUGCUUCACCUGGCUUUGCAUUCGUAUUUUCCGCUGGUCACUCGUCGGAAACAUUCAAGGGACAUCCGGCCACAAAAAAGGGCACCUCUUUUUCGCUAGUUGUACAGCAGAGGCUGUUGUUGCGCUUUUCGCAUAAUCGCGCUUUUGGUUUCGAAGAAAACAUUGGCCGUGGGACUUUAAAGGUGCAUGAACUUCGAAGCAUCGAAAUAGAAGUAAAAGAGGGCAAAAUAAAGCUUCUGAAACGAAUAAAAUAUAGCAAAUCAAGUCGGAUUUAUAAAAUUGAAUUCUAUAUUUUUUUUGUUGUUAAAUUUGCGUAUUCGCUUUAUCCUUUCUCAUUUUGCAUUUCAGGAAAGCGAGUUUAUGACGAGAAUCGAGUCGAGCAGCGCGAUGGAUGAACAAUUUGAAGUUGGCCGAGUGAUUGGCCGAGGCAAUUUUUCUUCGGUUCAUAUCGCCAGAAGACGUUCCGACGGAUUCAAAGGCGUCAUAAAGGUUUCAGGAAAAGUUGUAAAAAACGAUGAACUGAAUUUAGCGCUUGGAUAUUAUGACGGGAAGAAAUUGAUUAAUUAUUCAAGUAAUUUUGACUUGAAAGGGGUUGAGAAAUUUUUUUUUUCAUGAAUUCACCUUGACAGGAAAGUUUGAAAACCUCUUCGAAGCUUAUUUUUUUGGCUUGAUUAUCUGUAGCUGUUAUAACUUUAGACUUGAUGGCUUUUUUUCCAGCAAGUUGACAAACGAGCUCUGCGAGAUAAAUGUUUUUUCGUGGAGAAUGAAGUGGAGAUGCUCGCCCUGACUUCACGUAUUCAUGAAAACAUCAUUGGUAUUAUCGACGCCUUUCAAUCGCCGUCAAAGUAUUUCUUGUUCCUUGAAUACGCGAAGGUAUUCAUUUUGAAGCUGUUUUCGAACCUACGUAUAUCUUUAGUAUGGUGAUUUGUUCGAGACGAUACGAAAACGUAGGAGAAUGGGUGAACGCGAGGCGGCUGUCAUAACUGCGCAGGUGAACGAUUUCCCAUUUUGACUUGUUCCAUUUAAAAAGAAUUAAAAAUAGCAAAUCAAGUCGGAUUUAUAUCGGUUUUUCUGAGCAGCAGAAAAAAAAAGAUAGAGGAAGAGAGUUGAAUAUUCAAAAAAAAAAAACUUGAGAUGUAAAUUUCUGCUCCCAGAUUUAUUUAAACUAUUUUUUCGCAUCAUCCGAGUCAUUGUAAACUUUAACCACUUUUUAAAUUUUGAUGAACUAUUUUUUUAAUUUUCCAACUGUCAAGCAAGAUUCUUUAUAUUAUUAACGGAAAGAACGAAAGAGAAUAUUUUAAUCAAUCAAGAUCAUACAAAUCUUAUGAAAAUUAGGUUUAUUUGUGUUUAGAUUGCCUCGGCGCUGGACUUUUUGCACGACAGCCACACGGUUCAUCGAGAUGUCAAGCCCGAAAAUAUUUUUCUCGUCGGUCCAAGCAGCGUCAAAUUGGGAGAUUUCGGCUUGGCCUGUGUCGAACGAGGGCCACUUUAUAGAGUUUGCGGCACGCCAACUUAUUGUGCGCCUGAGAUUCUCAAAGAGACCGGUAAGAAUGGUAGAAAAAAGGGUUAGUUCUGGAUAGAACCAUCAAAAGAAAGUGAAAAUUUUAUUGAAUUUUUGAAACGAACCUCCUAGGCUCUCAUUAUCGCUGAACUUCUCGCCGUGUCUACGUUUCUAAGUCCAGAAAAUUUUGGUUUAAAAUUUCAAGGAAUUUGAGAGGUUCAGCUAGAAAAAGUUAUGUGGAAAAAUGGAGAUUUUCGUUCCAACAAAUUUUAUUUUUAUGAUAAAAAAGACGUCCGUUUUUGGUUGUUACGAAAACGAUCAACUCUUUUCAGGUUACGGGGUUAAAGUGGACGUGUGGUCACUCGGCGUUGUGCUCCACGUGAUGCUCGUUGGUCGAGCUCCUUUUAUAGCUCAAACUCAGCAACGCCUUUUCAAGCUAAUCGUCCAGGGAAAACUAGUUUUUGAAAUGCCAGAUUACAAAGGAAUUUCCAUCAGUAAGAACUAUUUUUAGUUCAUUACAGCGACAAAAAAAAAGAAAAUUCAGAAGCCCUCGACUUGAUGUCCCGGAUGAUGCGAACAAAUGCGGAGGAACGACCGCAUUCUAGAGAAAUCAUAUCUCAUCCUUGGAUCGUUUAUCAUUCAAAUAAUGUUGAAGAUUGAUUUUAAAAAAAACCAAUAAUUAACGAUUUGAUAUUUUUUUAGAACCUUUUUUUCUGCUUUUAAGAUUCUAUCAGUUGAUUUGUUUCGAAAUCCCAAUAAUUCAAAAAUUUUUUUACCUGUUGAACUCAAGUCACCUGCUCUCAAAGAACUCUGAACUAUGUAAUAUAUAAAUUAAGUCAGCAGCACCUCAUUGCUUGACCCGGUUUGUUUUAAAAUAAGUUCUAAUGUUUUGAAUUUAUUUAUUUUUUAACCUUCGUUAACAUUCCACUAUGUGUCAAAAAAGAUAAUUUAACUGCCAUUUGAAUCGUCUUUCAUUUAUGCUUAUCUGAAUGAAAUUUUAACACGUUCAUGAGUCAUUUUUGAUUGCCGUGUGCUUCAACUUUGCGCGAAUCUUAUCGAAGCAACUCGCUUAUCACUGAGAAUUCGACUUUUUUCAUUCCUCGAAUGAAUCGGUUUCAGAUAUUGAUUAACUUUUUAGUAUUGAUUGCAGGUGAGUUAUUAACCUGCUUUACAUUGAUCUGCUGCUCAGAAAUAACCGCCCAGAACUGUAGUUGCAACCCCUCUACUUCCUGGAACGACGUCACAGUUUUGAUUGAUUGGAGCAGUGAGGCUAGGAGUAAUACCAACUUUGUGAGUCUACAAUGAUAAUAAGGCAAAGGUUUCUGACUUGAAGGCUAUACAAAGCAUUCGAAACGUUCUUUCUGAAUUCAACUUCGCUAAUUUUGAUGACAACACUGGGACAACGGGAAGAAAUAACAUAAAUUACAAAUAAAGAGCCACAUUUUAGAACACAACUCGUCUAGGGGUGACCUUCUUCUCCGACAAAGUUCAAGUGAAGGCGAAUCUUGGAAGUGGAGACCGUGAUUCGAUUAGCUUUGAAGAUGUGACGCUCUCUUCCGAAGGAACUAAGGGACUCAGAUCGUCUGAUUUUUAUCCUUUUAUUUUUAGUUUAUCUCACAGUUAUAAGCAAUUUCAUGAUCGGAAGAGAAAGUUUUCGUGAUGAUUCUAAGAAUAAAUAUAAGAAAUAAACAAUUGGACAAGAUUUUAAGUCAAACGUAAGCUAUAGUAGACUAUUAUAUUCGAUUUUAAAGUACUUAUGAAAAUGGGAAGUCAUUUUUUUGAUGUUUUUCGCCGAACUCUCAAGUUUUCAGAGCUUUGCAAGUGGCCAUGGAUGAUUUUCGUAACUAUAAUACUGAUGGAACUCGCAAAACUUCCCCAAGGCAUCGUGUCAACUCCCGUAAAGUCAUCGCAUUGUUCAUUCAAGUUUUGUGAGUAUCAGGACUUUUAAAAGUAGCCCAAAAUAAUUCAGAAGCGACAGCGACGGUGUUAGGAAGGACACUGAACUGAUUUUUGAGCAAUUUCGGGAGAACGGCGGCAUUUUAUACAUUUAUCGUUGAGAAUAUCGAUUCAAACAAUGAAUGGAAGAAUAUUUUUCACAGAGAUGUCACCGACUUCACGCGACGCGGAAGAUGAAGCUUCGAGGGGAUAUUAUUCCACAAUGAUAGAGGAUCCAAUGAUGGACUCAUUCAGAGAAGCUUUGUGUGACGGUUAGGAAAAGAGUAAAAAAUGAAAAAUGGGUGGUUUUCAGCAAAUUGCUUCUGUCCAGACAGUGUUUCGCCCUAUCGCUCAUCUCUGACAGGGAAACCGGAAGAAGGUCAGUAUUCAUCGGAAAAUUUUAGUUUAUUCAUCUUCAAGCUUCUUGAAAGGCCAUCUUCAUUUUGUAAAACAGUCGUUUCAUAGUUGAGUUCUCACGAGAGAGAGAGAAUUUAUUGGAAUAUCUUGUUUCCUACCUUAUUGCGCAGUUUUUCUGAUUUCAAAGUUUAGCUUUAAGUAAUUUUGAACAUUUUUUGAACCUAUCUUUUCCAGGCUGUUACUAUCCGUCGAAUGCAAUGGCCAAUCUGCGAUACGCUGAAAGGUCUUGUUCUACUUUGUUCGGUUCAUACGGAAAACCGGCCCAUGUUUCAGCAGUAUAUAACAAGGAUCAGGCGGAUUUCCUUUUAGAAUGUAGUUUUCAAGCAUUCAGUUGCAUCGGAAAAUUUUAAUCUUCCAGUGGCGCACGUUGCUGAUUUGCUGAUCGGACUUAGUCGUAGCUCUGUUGAUGAGCCGUGGCGUUGGAUGGACGGCUCAACGGUGAGAUUCUUCGAACUUCCCUUCAAUUGUUGAAGAGAAAUUUUUUUGAAUAAAAAAUCUCGACAAAGUUCUAGUUUUCUAGUUUACAAGUCUGAUUUUUUUUUCUCAUUUUUCAAAUUUUGACCUCGGUAUCUUAUCUUCAUUUUGAAGUAUAUCAAAUGUUUGAUCGCGACUAUUUUUUGCUGAGUACCUUUUUUCAGCUCGGCGAGUCCGACUACCAGCCUUGGAUGGAAGAUGCUCAAGAAAUGGUCGGCGUGGUCGUCCAAACCCAAUCUGGCUGGAAAGUUAGUAGCGCCAGCCGUAGCUUCCAUUAUGUUUGCCAAUUUUCACCCUGCGAUUCGACUAAUUAUUGUCCGUAAAUUUUGAGGAACUUAUUUCUUGAUAAGACUAAUAAAUGAUGAUCUCUUGAUUUCGUUUCUUGUUUUGAUGGAAAGUCCGAUGAUUCCACUGCUUGACAGUUAUCUCUUUCAUGUCUGUUUUCGGUUGAUGUUACAUGGAUAAUGCAAAAGAGAGGUUCCUAGUUAAAUUCAUUAAAUCAAUAAUUUUUGGUGUUGCUUUUUUUUUUCGAGAAGGAAUUUAAAGAGAACCUGUGAUUUUUUAAGAUUUUUUCCGAUGAAAUUGAGGGUUUUUACUUCUUUUUUUUCCAUUUACGGUGGCACGUACGAGGCGUUUUUCUGCACUUGACUUUUGCAACGUUCCUAGCUUUUAUGCAACUCAAUGAUUUUUUUUUUCACCUUACCUAUUUAUUUUUAAAGAAACUUUCUUAAUUUUUUUUUUCGUCUUGGUAUUUCAUCAUUCUCGAAAUAGUCUUAUUUUAAGUACAACCAUAUACUGUAUAUGGUUGACAAGUUGUUAUUUUCCAAGACAUGAGUAAGAGAAGACGAGCCAUCUCCUAAGAAUGGCUACAGUGAGCACCACAUUCGGUGUCGUAGCGGUUCAUUUUGUGGCCGUCGCGUUCAUCGUUGGCUUUUUCUCCUCCGCCGUAAUUUAUCAACUAAAAUAUGCGCCGAUGGCCCCACCUGGCAUCCUCAACAGGACAAAGUCAACUAGUCAGUUAAAAAAAAAACGGAGAAAAUACGGAAAAUGUUUUUAGCAUCUCCAACUAGUUCAACAGCUUGGACUGUAGCGACAGAUUUCACGCCAGGAGGAGUUUCAACAACUGAAGAUGUGCCUUCAACGUCCCAUUCUUCUUCUUCUUCAGCUGGCCCCUCAACUUCAAGCUCGCAGACGUCGAGGACAGCGAGCAGUACUACGCAUGCUAGUCAAACCUCUCCGGCAUUACCAACAGUGUCGACGUCUACUGCAGCUACCGGAUCGCCGACGUCGACAAGAGGUCCUGGUGCGUCUACUACCGAGACCACUGAGACCUAUGCUUCUUCCACCGGAGCGACGUCUUCUGCGUCUUCUGGAAUGCAUACGUCCCCAACAGUUUCUAGUCAUUCUACUCAGACCAGUGGCGGUUCCUCGAUUUCGCCCUCUGUCACCACAAUCACUUCGAACUUGCCCUUCUCAACGACAAAAGUUCCAACUUCUCCUCAGACCAGAACUUCCCACCUUGCUUCCAUGUCACCGACCACAACCUCUAUGGUUCUUCCAAUGGAGGAGAUUGACUUUGGAUGUGGCGUCUGCAAUACGAGCAUUCUUCCCCUCAAUUUCAUGCUCAUUUUCCAAGUCUCCAAAGGCGUCAACUUUGAACAAGGCGUUCAGCAGGCUAGUUUCAACUUUGAAUAUUUCAACUUUUUCAAAGUUCAGAUGGAGUCGAAGGUUAAGCAGCUACUUCAGACCUUGUUGGGAAACAAUGAAACCAAGAAAAUCGGAAUCGUUUCCUACGAUGACAACGUCUAUGUAGUCCGACAGUAUUCGGAAAUGACGUCCAGCCAGAUAGAUGAAAUCAAAAUCGGUUACAACGGCCUGAGUGGGACUAAUUUAUACGAGUUAGAUGGUUUUUCGUAAGCUCGUUGAAAUUUUUCGUUCAGGGCGCUGAUCAAGGCGAUCAAUCAAACUCAACUUGGUAAUCUAGACAGCGGGUCUACAGCUAAUCCUGUGUUCAUUCUUGUGGCUUCUACAGAGAAGUUUGAUCAACUUUAACAUCUAUCGGAAAAUGGGAUCUCAACGUUUGGGCCUUAAAAAUUUAAUUACUUCAGAAACUAGGAACUGGCGCGGGUUCCAGCGAAUUUGUAGAAAGUUCGAAACCGCAAAGUAAAAUGACUUCCCGUGUUUCUUUUUUUGCUCAUCCAAAAGUUUUCAAGUCACCCUCACGAAAGACUUUUCCAUGUCGGAUGACAAUACUUUAAUUACAGUUGUUUUAAAACGUGUAUAUAGAUGAAUCUUUAAGCCGGCACGGAGUGAGACCAGCCAUCAACAUUGUCCGUGAAAUCCAAGCGUCCGCGACUUUUAUCGUCUACGGUAGCUCACGCAAAUUAGCGUGAUGAGAUGUGUUUUAAUUGACAGAGAGCGCAGCGGCAACGGGUGGACUAUCGGACGCCUUUCCGGAGUACUCGUCGCCGGGUUUCUACGGCAACUCGAUGACAGGCACCUUGAAUGGCCUUAUCGAUCCUCUUUGCGACGCACUGUGCACAUGUUCGCCUAAAAUGGAGUACAUUCCCAAUCCGCCGAGAAACGCGCCGAAAACAGGCCUGUAAUUAAUGCUAUACUCAUGGAAGUCAAAGAUUUGAGUUUAAGUUAAACUCUUUGUGUUUCUAAAUGACCAAGGUAACAUCAUCAAAAAGUGAAAUUAUCAAUCGGAAAGAGUUAAGAAAAGUAGUGAUAAAAAAAACCUUGAAAACUCAAAUGACAGUUUCUGGAAAUAUCCAACCUGGACGUUAUUAUAUUUCUAAAAAAAAAGGUGCGAGUUUCAAAUCCUCUCAAAGUCAAGUUGAUACGUUCUAAAAGACAUUUUUCAUUUUCAGGCUGCUACAAGAACGUUCCGAUCAGUGCGAGCUACGACAAAGCGAUCCAGGCUUGCGCUAGUCUGAAAAACGACCAAUGCGACAUUUUGGCCAACACGAGUAUCGUGGCGAUCGCCAAAACUCUGGAGGAAGACAAUUUCUUGCACUCAAGUACAUUUUUCCUUGUUUAGGAAUUGGAAAAUGAUAUAAAAUAGGCUCAAUCUGUACCAAGAAACCCAUGGUCUCAAAAAAGUUUUUCGUUAGCCUCGAUAAUACCUAGAGUUUGAAUAUUCUCAAAAUUUGAAGAAAAUUUAUAAAAUUUCACAUGUUUUCGGAGUAUUCUUUUUGUAUAAGCCUUCUGAUUUUAGGACUUGACGUCGGUCAAGAGUGCACUUGGAUUGGAUUAAAAUACGACUUCUUUUACAAUAGAUAUGUUUGGGCGGAUCAUAGCUUUUUGCUGGCGGUGAGCUUUUUUUUUUAAUUUUCCCGCUCUUGUAAACCCAAAUCCAAGCCGUUCGGAAUGAAAUUCACACAUUUUUCGGAAUCUAAGUCUUCAGAGCGAGUACAACGCCUGGCCUGAGGGCAUCAUUCCCGUACCGGCGCAAAACGAGACUUGCGUCGCAUCAUGCGAAUUCAAAGGCGAUUUGGGGAUCACGUGGGUGAAGAAAUCGUGUAAAAAGGACAGUCUUGUCUAUUCUUGCCAACAGCCGCCUUGCUCCCAGUACAAUACUGACCGCGGAAAAGCCAGAUAAUCGACCAAAUCACAGGAAUUUUCUUGCGAGUAUGAAAAAGAUGUCUCUGUAACUUUUUCAUUAUAUUUUUUGCAAAGAAACGAUUGAUUCUCACGAACGAAGACUGCGGUCAACGGUGGAACAGAAAUUUUUCGGAAUUUAAAAAUAUUCCGAAGGUCGAAGAUGUUUUUAUGAGGACCUUUUCCAAGUUCCCCAACUUUUUUCUUCUUUCUAUGCUAGAAUUUGGUCUUUUCGAAAAUUAUAGCUCUGUAGUAUAUCAUCACUAUUUUCUGAAGCCUGUAAUCAUUCUCCUUGCGGGAAGUUUUAAUGAAGACCCUUCAAUUUUCAAAAUUUUGCGAUUUUGAAAUUGAAAUUGUUAUUGUGAUUUUUUUUUUCGAAAAGAUCUGAAAUUACUACUGUUGCGUUAAACUUUGACAAAUAAGACAAAAACUGAACAAUUGUGAACUUUUUCUGAAUUUUUCGAGAAGCUGGGACCUAGGAUUGGAUUUUUUUGCUCCUUGCGGACAGAAAGAUCCUUUUUGAAAUUAGAAAAGUCACAUAAAGAAUCAAAAAUUAUUUCCGCUUUUUACCAUCCUGACUGUUUUUCGUUGAAUUUUUUUGCAUCAUUUUCAAAGGUCCAAAAGAAACUUGUGCUUUUUUUGAAUUUCAGAUAAUAAUAAUAAAAAAAUAUGGUCAAUUCAAAAAUAUGGUAAUUAUCUAAAACAUGUCCGGGUGUUUUUUUCGAUGCGUCUUCCCAUUAAAAAAAGUCAUUUUUUUGGAAGCUUUAAUAUAAAAAAAUCACCAUUGAUUAAUUUUCGAUAUUAUUCUUAGACUUUCAAGCUUUUUAAUGAAGUGAGAAAUGCAACUUUUCCUCGGCUGACCCAGAAAAGUAAGAACUUCCGAGGCUCCCCGAUGAUUUCCUUCGGACACCGACAAACAAAAAAAACGUUCGAUGUAUGCCCCGUCCGUUUUUGGUCAGAAAUACUCGCCCACACGAUGGAGAAACGAGGAAAAAGAGACACUCGACAUGGCUCUCGAGAUGUCUGCCGUUGGCCGAGAAUAUAUACAUAAUCUGUUCGAGUUAUCUCCACCUCGAACUUUCUUUUUUUUGGGAAACUUUAAGAUACACUGGCAUUUCCAAAUUUGACUGUAAAACUUUUUCAGGGUUGAGAAAGCUGUCUUUAGGAUAAUAAUACAAAGAAGCCUAUUCUUGCGAAUAAUUUAUGAUUUCUGAAAAGUUGGAGUCCUCAGGAACGUGUUAUCUCUACUCUCAUCAUUUUUGAAUCAAUGAGAAAAAAAGAACUCUGAAGAAAAAAAUUUCAAAGAAGAAAACAUCUUUUGUUUUUCAGCGAAAUCGAUUUCGAAGUUUCUUUUUUUAUCAACAAUGGUUUUUUUGACUAAAAUUUCUUAGAAAAAGGUCCACAUUUUCCAGGCUUCGGAUACGGACCUCCUUCUUCCUCAUUGACUGAGAAGUUUCCUCAAUCUAUUUAAUGAAUAUUUUUUUAAUUUAUUUAAAACAAAAAAAUUGUUGACUUUCACUGAAGUUCAUUCGGAUUCAAUCAGCUCGAUCGAUAUAUUAGGAUCCAAAAAUGCUCGAUUUUGGUUCAACCAUUUUAGAAUUUGACCCAGCUUAGGGGGAAGAAUCAUCUCCACUCUCAUCAAGGAUUAACGAGGGGAGAAAGUGAACGACUCUGGGCACAACGGCGACGGCGACGACGACGACAACGAGAAUGUGAGUGCGUGGAGUGGAAUGGAAGAGAGCCGAAAAAAGGAAAACGUGAGUCGGGAAAGGAGUGGUGAGCGGGAGAAUGUCUCCCACACCACCCAGAAACGGCUGUGUCCUGAUGUGUCCAUGUGGCUGGAUGGAUGCAAGGCUGCCGUUCUGCCUCGGCUCUGUUUGUGCGAGUAUGCGUGCGCCGCCAUCGCCGCCGUCGACGUCUUUGGUUGCUUUUUCGUUUCCGUAUCUUUUUCGAACGUUUCAAAGUCUCUUUUCAUUAAAACUUGCACCUCGGUAGAUCUACCAAAACAUCUGCAGCUGGGUUACGGUCACUCUCCUAGGUAAGACUAGAGCUUUUUUCCUGUCCUUGAACCGUCCAAAGUUUUAACUAUUGUUGGAAAUAGUUAUAGUGAAAUGUGGUAACAUUUUUGAGAUAAGAUUAAAUGAUUUCCGAUUUUUCUUAGAAAAAAAUUUUUCUUAUUUUUUUGAUUAAGUUUUUCUUCGAACUUUGAGGAGGCGCUGUUAAAUUCCAGAUAAAAGGCUAUUGUUACUUUUUCUUUUGUUGAUCUUUCCAUAUGGGAGAUUUUUUUCAAGUAUUAAUACUUUCUUCACAGUUAAUAUCAAAAUGUGAAAAAGUACUGGUUCAAAUUUUUUUUAGCCCAGAAAGAAUAAUUGAGAAUAUAGCCGAUUAAAUAUUCCCGGAAUCUGGAUUAAUUAAUGGAGAAUUACGUCAGGAACCCCAAACAAUUUUUUUACUCGAUUUAUUACGAUAUUUUGAUAAUUUCAUUGCGUAACUUCAGUUUAGCUUGAAAAAGUAUCAAUGCUCUCCUAGAACCCCUAGGGGAAUCAACUGUGUUAAGGCGUAUGA